CUGCAGGAUUCAGCCUCUGACUCAGACCGCUUCGAGAAUUUUGUUCGUAGAAAUAAUUUAAGUUUAUUCAAAUAGUUUGAUGGCAGCUAAAAUUGAAUUUUAGAGCUCGUUUUCUUUUCAGCGGAGUGAAUUUUUCCUUCGCUCCAAAGCUGGCCAAAUGGAAUUCAAGCAUUGCAACUUCUUUCAGUGUUUUGUCUGGAGAGAGGACUUUGAACCGAGACUUUUCGAAGUUAAGUUCCUAUAGCCUGCUUCUGAAUCUGCCAAGCUUGAAAGCUUUGGCAGUUGGGUGUAGUUGUUGCCUUCGUUCUCUUCCCUUUUGGAGGGAGCAUUGUUUCAUACUUUGUGUCUUCCAGACAUCUGUGGUCUUCCCCCCUCCCCGGACCCCCACCCCUCGAGUUUGUGAGUGGUGAAUGAAGAAAGACUAGGCUGCUGGUAUGCAGAGGUCGGCAAAAGGAAAUCGAGGAGUGGUUUUAGUGAAAUGAGAGCUUUGUAUCAUGAAUAAUGGUGGCUUAGGCUAGACAUCAACUUGAAGAGACGGCAGCAUUUCCUUUCAUAAAGUCUAGGCUAAUGUUUUUCAGAUCGCUAAGUUGUAGUUUGUCUGGAAUUUAGGAAGCCAUUUCAGUAUUUGUCACUUGGUGAACGAGCAUUCAAUACCUUCAGAUGUCUUCGUGUUGACUUGUAUUCAUUCUAAGAAAUAUUAAAUACAGUCUCAAGUGUUAUUUAUGUUAUACUGCUGGUUUAUUCUCUGCUUAAAUUAUUGACAUAAAUUUCUACUUUGGAGGCUUUUCGUUUGAACUAAGGCUGUGCGGUAUUUACUUUACUUUUAUAUUUAAAUCUUUGAAAAAUCUCUGCUUUAAAAAAAAGUACCCUUAAGGGUUUGAGAAUGUCCUUUCACACCAGACAAAAUUUGGUUAAUCUGCGCCCAAUAUUCAUUACUUUGACCUAACCUUUGUUCUGAAGGCCGUGUACAAGGACAAGGCCCUGAGAUUAUUGCAACAGUAACUUGAAAAACUUUCAGAAGUCUAUUCUGUAGGAUUAAAGGAAUGCUGAGACUAUUCAAGUUUGAAGUCCUGGGGGUGGGGAAAAAUAAAAAACCUGUGCUAGAAAGCUUAGUAUAGCAUGUAACUUUAGAGUCCUGUGGAGUCCUGAGUCUCCCACAGACCAGAACAGUCAUUUAAAAGUUUUCAGGAAAAACCAACUUAAAAAAAAAUAAGGUGGCUAAUUAAAAAAAAUGAAGCAUUUAACAGUGUUCAGGUUUCAGAGUAUCGAAGAGGGUUUUUUAAAACUGUUAUCUGAUUAUUUCCUUUACCAACGUGAUAUAGAAAAGUGUAUUUCCAAUAUUAAAAUUUAUCAGACUGAGCUUACUGUUCCUGUUAAUGACUGGAAUAAAAAUUGGCAUAAAUUUUAUGGUAUGCUUGUUUUAAUAACACCACCACCAAGAUAGAAAACGAGGAGGCAAGUUUCUCCAAGGGUAUUUUGAAAUGUGUUAGCAAAACUAUUGCAGAUACUCUUUUUUGUUAUAGGGUGAGGUGGGGAGAGGCGCAUGCUAAGUAUUGUUGAAACUAGGGAUGUAGAGAAUUAAAAGUUUGAAUAUAAUUAUUUUGUAAUUAUAAGUAGCAGUGAAAUUAAAUUUCCUGCAAUGGACUAUAGAAGUAUAUUUAGCCAAAUGAAACUUCAGUGUUAUUGAAAUGAAAUAAUACAUCUAUCCUGUUACAAGAUUAUUUUUAUUUCUCUUGUGGUUUCCUAGCUGCUGAUAAUCAAUAAUUGUAGAUGAGUAGGUGGUAAGUUUUAAGUUUGUACUUUGAGCUUAGUUGGAAGCAUGCUUGACUGCCAACCCGGGGCACAAAGGAUGAAGGCUUUUAGAACUGGACAAACUUCUAACAAAAGGUACUUGCAACUCUUGUAGUGUGUCAUGUUGAUUUGUGACAUUGUUUUUGAAAAUAUGUGUUAACUUAGUUUUCUUGUAGCCCUCUUUUUAUUGGAACUGUGGUAUCUGUUGUUGAAACUGCUUGACUGAGAACAUUUUUAUACCAUAAAAGUAAAUAGUAAACAUAGCCCAGGAGCUGCUUCUGGUUUGUCCAUCGUAUGUAGCCAUUGCCUCCUUGUGCCCUCAUUGAGAAGAUACUGAUUUGCAGAUUCAGUUGUCCUUCUUUAACAGACUAUUUAUGUAAUAUUGCAGUUGUGAUUGUGAUAGGUAAGUGGGCCAAUCGGUUAAAAUAAAUACUUCUCAGGUUUCACAAAAGGAAAAUAAUAUGAUUUGUGUUGAUCUAAAUGAGUAGGAGUUAACUCCUAUAGUUUUUCAUCACUUAAACUCAGGGGAAAGUUCUUUAUUUCCUCUGUUUACUUAAGAAUGCUGCUUUUGUGUUUCAUGCAAGACUGAGCUUGACUCAGUUUGAAACCUAGGCUCAUCUGUUGAGGCCUGAACCCUGCUGUCCUUGAAGUAUGCGUAUAAUUUGCUUCCUCCCUAAGGAAAAGAAGCUCUUGAAAGUUAAAGUCAAUCACAUUAGGAACCCAUUUUUAGGGUUUAGCCACUUUUUUUUUUUUUUUUUUUUUUAAACUUAUGGGCAUCUCUUCUGUUAAGAGACAUUCCCCACUCUCAAAGUUUCCCUCAAGCCUGAAACAGCAGAGUGAGUAGUGUCGGAGCAUGUUUUCAUUGCAUGCUUGGGUCAUGUUGAGUGCCCUCCAGUGGAUAUAGUAUAAUGCUUGUGAUUUUUUUUUUUAAUUCCAAAUAAGUUUAUGUGGGAUAUAUUUAUGAAUAGUUCUGAUGAGGGAGAAUCAACUAAGAAACCUUUGAUUUCUAAAAUAAUUCAUAUCAUUACUGCUAAUUAAAAUACAGGCUUGAGAAAAUGUCUUUUCAGCCAAUAUUUGCAGUAGAAAAGUCGGGAGGUUUUUUAAGGUCACUUUGAAUAGGCAAUUCUGCUUAAAUAUAUCAUAAUGAUAAACCAGAAUCUCAGUAUAGUACUUUAGGAGGUAAAAGAUCAUAAUGUUCAGUUAUAUUAAUGAAUUACAGCAACUGAAAUUCUCAGAAAAAAAUUAAUGAAAAUGUGAAUUGUCAAUUUGUCUAAAAUCAGUCACAGAGUAAAACAUAAGUGCUCAACUUUAUUAUAUUAGGAAAUAGAUAGAAAUAAAGGUAAUCGAGCCAGUGUAUGUGACCAUAGGGUUGGUCUCAUUUGUAUAUAGUGGUGGGCCAUGAUGAAUUGUGUUUUGCCCUUUGAAUUUUUCCUUAAAGAGCUUUCUCUAGGCUCCUAUGUUAAAGUUCAUGGUUUUUCUGUUAGUAAUAUUAUUUUCUGAAAAUCCAUGUUUCAAAUCAGAAUCUAAUUAGCAACAGGAAUGAAGCUUGUUCUAAAUUAGCUUUUGGAAGUUAAACGGUCAGCAUAUGGAAAUUUUUCAGGGUUUAGAUUUUUAAAAAUUUGUUUUUCGGAAUAUGUUGCUGGAAUGAAAACGUUAGCGUAGGGAGGGAAAAUGACACUUACCAGUGAUUGCUUUACUUUGCCUAUGGAAUUCAGUGUAAUUUCGUGGAAACAUUGGUAUGAUUUUUUGCUAAAGAAAUGUAUUAUUGCUAUAUUUAGGUUUUUUUUUUUUUUAAAGGCAAGAAUGCCUCAAGUGCUUUAUGUGAAUGAUUAUUUCAGGAUGGAUUAAAUAUUCCUCCAUCAAGGACCAUACUUGUAAAUCAGUGAUUUCCAAGUUGGUGCUUAGUAUUUCCAGCAUUUACUGUCUAUAAGCUUCUGUUCUGAUUUUUCAAGAGUUUUCUGAGAAAUGAGAGUAGGCUUAAAAGUUCUUUGAAAAAUUAUGUACAUACAACUUACUGAAAAAAAUUGCUACUGGGGACUUAAUUUGUCUCUUGAAAUGGGCUACUUGCCUUCAUUAAUGUAGCAUACUACAAUUUGAUGUUCAAGAUAUGUUACUAAGAAUAAGAUGGUUUUCAGAAGCCUUAUAUAGGAUUGGUCUUACUACAUUGUAGUGGGAAUGGCUACUCAAAUGUCUCCAGGGCCAGUUAGGUAUUGGGUAAAUGGGACCAUGCAGACUUUUAAAAAUUGAAGUGCACAUGAAGCAGCUAGUCAUAAGCAGCUCCAGCCACUGUGUGGGAAUAUAGUUUACAUUGCCAGAUCAUCUGAUUUCUUUCCCCUAAGUGGGAAAUCCAGAUCAAUGUACAUCUCUUGAUUUGCAAGUGUCGGUGAACAAAAUUCAUAUUUUAAGAUGCUGUAUUCAGCACAAAUUAAAUACACUUAUUUGCUGAAUACUGCCAGUUUGUCCCUCUGCGGUAGUACCAUUUGAAGUACAGUGUUUUCAUAAUGAUGAUUCUGUGAAAUGACUGGUUCUGUGAAUGUACAUAAUUUAGCAGGUAACAUUGUUAAAUUAUUAGGUUUGUAUUUAUUUAGGCACUUGGGAAAUGCCUUGUGUCAAUUGAUUAUAGAUUAGGAACUUAAAAGCAGGAUUUAUAUUAUCAACUUAUUUGUGGAGACUGGGAAACCCACAUUUUUAAAGUUAGGAAUUAAGAUGGCCAGGUUCAAAGAAAAGGGGGAGAAGUAACUUUCUUAUUACUCAACCAUCUUAAAUAGAGUUCUUUAAGUGUAUUUUUAAGAGGUCUCAACACUUAAUCUGAAGGGACCUAAAAUGCUGGACAAAUUCAGUGUAUACAACUCAUGUCAGCCCCCAAUUUUACUGGUCUUUAAAUCAUGUCCUUUUUACCAGAAGUUUGCAUUUCUAAGCUAAACUAUUACUGUUAGACUAGAUCCAAAACUUAAAAACAGUUUAAAAUUAAUUGAAUAUGUUUUACUUAAAUUAAUGGCAAAUGGCUUUUUGGCCAGUUUAAGUUUAUGUAGGCAGUUAAAUCGAUUUUGGUUAACUCUUUUGCUGCUAACAAGGUAUUUCCAGAAUGUGAAAAGUGGGGUGGCCGGGUGCGGUGACUCACGCCUGUAAUCCCAGCACUUUGGGAGGCUGGGGAGGGCGGAUCACCUGAGGUCAGGAGUUUGAUACUAGCCUGGCCAACGUGGUGAAUACAAAAAUUAGCCAGGCAUGGUGGCAGGUGCCUGUGAUCCCAGCUGCUUGGAAGGCUGAAGCAUGAGAAUUGUUUGAACCUGGGAAGCGGAGGUUGCAGAGAGCUGAGAUCACGCCACUGCACUCCAGCCAGGGCAACAGAGCGAGACUCCAUCUCAAGAAAGAAAAGUGGGGUGUUUAGUCUUCAAACUCCGUGUUUAAGUGACUGGACUGAAAAUGUAAAUCAUAGGCUGGUGUUGGUUUAAAAUGCAUCAUCUGAAAAUAGUGCUAUAGUCUGCAAUUAUUUUUAUUACGAUAUGAUGGUGUAAAAUACAAGCAGAUCAGUGAACCUUUCAUGAAACAUUAAUCCUAAAGGCGUCUCACCCCUGGUCUAUCCCACAAUCUCCAUGAGACUUCAUGGAACCACUGUAAAGUUUCUUUUGUAAUAUCCCAGAAGUUUCCUACCUCUGGUAUCUUUUGAACUUGUUGAAAAGGCUUUUCCCCCCUUUAUGAUGGUUUGAAGAGUGCGAACAUCUGGAUGAUGCUGGGAUGAAACUGCUUCAUAACACUUCCAUUUUCUCCCCUAUUUAUUUCCAUCUUUUAAUUUUUUCACUAAUAUCCCCACGGUUUUACUUCUGUUUUAGUAAUUCACGUGUUGCUGGACUAAUACUUUCUUUUUAACUGACUUGUAACAGAUAUGUUAAACCGUUUAAAACUUGGGGGGUAUUUUUAACCUACUUUAAGUUAUUUCAAGUUAAUCAGUCUACAUGGCAUAUAAACCUUAUGAUUAAUAAAUCUUAAAUGCUGGUAGCUGAGUUGGAAGCCAAAGACGUACAAAAAAGCUGAAGUGUUAGGUUUAGCGUGAUAAGCUUCUCUUACUAACAGGGUUUUGUAAUAGCAGAAAUAGAUAUAUGCAUAUAUAUAGCAUACCUUAUUGGAUGUCCAUAUAAAAAUGUGUAAGAAGUUAAAUUUACUGCAGAAUUUCUUGGGAGUGCACUUUGAAGAUGAUCUUAAGUGGUGAUAGUAGUUUGCUACACUGAGGGAUAGUUGUUGCAAACUGCCCCCAAUUUUUCUUUACUGUGAAGUAAACUGAACAGCUUUAAUAGGGAUUAGGAACUGUACUCCCUCUCUCUCUUUCUUUUUUAAGUAUAAUUAAGUGGUUUGGGGGUAAGGGUGUAGGAAGUGAGUGUCUUUGAAGUUUUGCAUGUACUAGAUGAAUGCCACAUGUAUAAGGGAGGAACAAGGGAUUCUUGGAAGUAUUUUUCAAUCCAAGUAAAUUUGGAGGCUUCCAAGUGGAGUUCAUUUCCCUGUGUAGGAAAGUGCUGAGGUAGACCCUUAAAUUCCUUUCUGAGCCAUUGAAAGAAUGCCCUCAGACUUCACUUAUACUUUAUAGUUCAUUUAGAUACAAAAGUUACAAACUGAAUGCUAUUUAGGAAACAUAAUACACUGACAUAGCGCUCUUUAAAUAGAUUAUAAAUUUAGUAUAUCAAUUUUCUGGCAUUUUGCUGAAUUUUAUUGUUUAGUUUUCAAGCCCAACUAUCUUGUUACUUUGUAUAUCGUAGUUGUCCUCCGUUGAUCACUGUUUCCUGCUUAAUUGUGCUGUCAUUUUUCGUGGGUCCUGAUUCAGAGUGUCAGCAUUGUAUUCCCCAUAGAAUAAGAAAUAAGAGGCUAGAAAGUUUAGAGAUGAGAUAUCUAGGAAUGCCAGAAGAUCAGGCGUCACCGUUGAGGCAGAGUAAUUAAUUAUGGUUAAAAUGGUGUUGCUGAUAAGUGGGUGCUGGGAAAUAUUAAAAUUUGAUUUUUAGAAGAACACGUCUCAUGCUUGAAGAGCGCCCUCAUUGUAUGCUAAAGGGCCUCAGGUUUUUCCUUAUUGCCAUUAUGCCGCAGAUUCUGUUACAUUUGUCUGAAAAGAUCUAAGACAGAAGGGCUGUUUAAUGCCUUCCCUUUUCUCCUGAACUUCCCCUCUCCUCUCCCCCAUCAGGAGCUAAGUAGGAACCCCUUCACCUUUUUACCAUCGAAUUUCAUCAAUGGUCUGUCUUUACGAUGAAGGAAGUAGUACUGCAUUCUGGGCAGAGGCCAAUCCUGAGGCAUGCCUUUUCAAGGACAUUGUUACUUUAGUUACACUGGCUCUUCUGUGUUAACUCUUAUCCUCCAGACUCUAAUCCUGUUGCUUUUUUUGGUCUCCAUCUCCCACCUUUCAUCAUCUGAAAUCCAUUCAUUGUAACUUCUGGAACUCAGUCGUUAGAAAAUCCUUUAUAUUCUCAAUCUGUUGUGAAUGUUCCUUUCUUUCUUACUCCAGCUGUAACCUAGCCUUCUCCCCAAGAAUGCUACUUCCCUUGCAGCUCUCUCAAGUGGUGAAUUUUUCCCUUCUUGCACACCUUAUAACACUGAACUAGGAGGUGUGUGCACUAAAUGUCUGCUUUUGUUCCUUAUUGUCAUUUCUUGACCUUUAUUUUCCAAAACUUCAAGCUUUGACUUUCAUGUGAUCAAAUUAUACCACCCACUGCCCGUCUUUAUUUCAAGCACCUGCAAACCUUCCUGGUUCACUUUAUUAGCUCUUGGCUCAUUGUCACAUCCUUCAUUCAUUCACAUCCUUCCUUGUUCACUUUAUUAGCUCUUGGCUCAUUGUCACUGUCUUUUAUUUCUGUCAUAAUUCUUGGUGACAUCAGUAUCCAUGUAGAGCAAUACUAGUGAAGAUGCGGUCUGGUAACUGUUACCUGUAUGAAUUAAGAUAAGGAGUUAUGCCAGAAUAUAAGUCACCUGUGUCACUAAGUUUACUGUUUAGCUUACUUUUUUUGUAGCAAGAUUUUGAUGAAGGACGCAGUAUGUCGAUUUACAGUGUGGUACAAACUUUGAUGUAGAAGAUGCUUCCAAUAUCCUGGUCUCUUAGUUCCUUGAUUUCUUCUCCAGUGAUCUUAUUUUCUACCCUUACUCAACUACACAUUGCCAUUGUCAUAUCCUAGAAUAUUUUGUCUUUUAUCAGUAAGUCUGCUCCCUUCCCCCAAUCUCAUUUCAAGCAUCCCACUUUCUAGUUCCUCUAGUAAAUACGUCAGCUCCAACAGCGCAUCAGUCCCAUUGGGACCUACAGUUUAUCUAUCCAAGCUUUUCCCUGUUCCUCACCCUCAUUUCUAUACAGCUGAAGUUUCAUACUGAAUUAUAAUCACUUUCUCGUAUACACGUUUAGCAAUCUUGUCCCUCCCUGGCUUCAUGCCCAGUGAUCUCUUGUAUCUAUGACCAUGUCCUUUAUCUUCUCCUCUGUCACUGGAUGAACUGUAGUCUUCCAAGAUAAGGCCACCCAGUUCAUUUGUACAGCAGAUUCCAUCCCCUCUUGCUCUCAAGAAUAUUACUGUGGUAUCUUUCUUGUCUUGUAUCAGUGGUUUUUCCUACUCUACUGGCUCUUUCCAUGAGCAAACAUGGUAUUAUCCCAUUAUAAAAAAAAUUUUUCUCCCUGUCUCUCCUUUCACUCACCACCUCAGUCUCUGCUUCUCUUUCCAGCAAAAUAACCUUGAAAAAUUGCUUUAUGUACUCCCGUUUUCUUUUGAACCCCUACCAGUGACCACCACGUUAUAAAUUUGUAGUUGUCAUCUCACUUAAUCUGUUAGUAGUAUUUGGCACCAUUGCUACAGUUGCUUGAAAUGCCUUUUCAUUGGUUUCCAGGCCACCAUGUCUGUUAGCAGGUUUUCCUCUUACUUCACUAGCAUUUCCUUCUUUGUUUUUUCUGUUAUCUUUCUGACCUCUGUUGGAGUGGCUGAAGGUUUAGUCCUUGAAUCUCUCCUUUUUUGUUGUGCGUAUUUACUCCAGUAUCAUAGCUUUAUACAGAUGGUAUUUACAUCUAUUUGCUAAUGAUCUCCAAAUUGAUAUCCUUAAACUGGUAUCCAGCUAUUUUUUGGUCAGCAUUUUGGAUGUCUAAGAAGCUUCUCAAACUUAAUAUAUCUAAAACUGACCUCCCGGUUUUCCCCAAAGCUGCAUCUUAGUCUUUUCCAAAAUACAAUUCUGUCUUUCCUGUUACCUAGCUUAAAACCUUGCAGUUCUUGACUCAUCUUUCUCUCAUACCACGUAUCUAAAUUCUCUCUGCAAACCUUGUCUGUUCUCCCUUCAAAAUAAAGUCAUGUGUCAUUUUAUGAUGGGGAUACAUUCUGAGAAAUGCGUCAUUAGGAGAUAAUCAUGGUUGUGUGAACAUCAGAGUAUACAUAGACAAACCUAGAUGGUAUAGCCUACUACACAUCUAGGCUAUAUGGUGUGGCCAAUUACUAUAAUGAAUACUGUAGGUAAUUGUAACAUAAAGGUAGGUAUUUUUAUCUAAACAUAUUGAAACAUAGAAAAAGCACAGUAAAAAUAUGGUAUCAAAAAUAAAAAGUGGUACAACUGUAUAAGGCAUUUGUGAUGAAUGGAGCUUGCAGGAUGUGUUGCUCUGGGUGAGUCAGCGAGUGACGAGUGAGGGAAUGUGAAAGACCUAGGACAUUACUGUACACUACUGUAGACUUUAUAAACACUGUACACUUGGGCUACACUACAUUUUUGUAAGGUUUUAAAAGACUUUUUUCAAUAAUAAACAUUAAAUUACUGUCACUUUUUUACUUUAUGAAUUCUUAAUUUUUUAAACGUUUUGACUCUUGUAAUAACACGUAGCUUAAAACAACAUUGUACAGCUGUACAAAAAAUUUUCUUUAUAUCUUUAUAAGCUUUUUUAUAUUUUUAAAAUUACUUUUUACCUUUUAGCUUUUUUGUUAAAAAACUAAGACGUGGGCCAGGCGCGGUGGCUCAUGCCUGUAAUCCCAGCACUUUGGGAGGCUGAGGCGGGCGGAUCACGAGGUCAGGAGAUAAGAGACCAUCCUGGCUAACACGGUGAAACCCUGUCUCUACUAAAAAUACAAAAAAUCAGCCGGGCGUGGUGGCGGGCACCUGUAGUCAGAGCUACUCAGGAGGCUGAGGGAGAAAUGGUGUGAACCCAGCAGACGGAGUUUGCAGUGAGCCAAGAUAGCGCCACUGCACUCCAGUCUGGGUGACAGAGCGAAACUCUGUCUCAAAACAAACAAAAAACUAAGACAUGAACACAUUAGCCUAGGCCUACAGAGGGUCAGGAUCAUCAGUAUCACUGUAUUUCAUCUCCACAUCUUGUCCUUCUGGAAUGUCUUCAGAGGCAGUAAACAUAAAUGGAGCUGCCACCUCCUGUGAUAACAGUGCCUUCUGGAAUACCUCUUGAAGGACCUACCUGUGGCUGUUUUAUAGUUAACUUUUUUUUUUUUAAAGAAGUAACAGAAGGAGUGCACUCUAAUGAUAAAAAGUAUAGUAAGUACAUAAACCUGUAACAAUCAUUAUCAUUAUCAAGUAUCGUGUACUGGAUAUAACUGUAUAUGCUAUACUUUUUUUUUUUGAGAUGGCAUCUCACUCCGUCAGCCAGGCUGGAGUGCAGUGGCUCAGUCAUAGCUCACUGUAACCUCCGACUCCUGGGCUCAAGUGAUUCUCCUACCUCAGCCUCCCGAAUAGCUGGGACUACACCAGGCACCCCACUGUGCCUGGCUAAUUAAAAAGAUUUUUUUGUAGAGACAGGGUCUCACUCUGUUGCCAGGGCUGGCCUUGAAUUCCUGGCAUCAAGUAAUCCUCCCACUUUGGCCUCUCAAAGUGCUAGGAUUACAGGUAAGAGCCACCAUGUCUGUCCCACUGUACUUGUAUACAACUGAAGCACAGUAAACCUACUGUGGGUUCGUUUACACCAGCAUCACCACAAACACCUUGAGUAGAGCAUUGUGCUGCGAUGUUACGAUGGCUACAACAUCACUAGGUGAUAGGAAUUUUUCAGCUCCAUUAUAAUCUUAUGAGACCACUGUCGCAUGUGCAGUUCAUCAUCAACUGAAAUGUCGUUAUGUGAUGCAUGUCUGCAUAUCCAAAAAUAUUAAUCAUUUCUCACUGAAGCCAUGCCAUGCCAUGCCAUCUUUUGCCUGUAUUAUUAUUAUUCAGCUUUUAUUUUAGAUUCAGGGUGUACAUGUGCAGGUUUGUUAGAAGAGUAUAUUGUAUGAUGCUGAAGUUUGGGAUACAGUUGAACCAGUCACCCAGGUAGUGAGCAUAGUACUCAAUAGAUAACUUUCUACCAUUACUCCUCCUUCCCUCCCUGUUCUUGUCUCUGUCUAGUGUAUCUUUAUGUCCAUGUGUACCAAAUGUUUAGCUCAUUCUUGUAAGUGAGAACAUGUGGCAUUUGAUUUUCUGUUUCUGUGUUAAUUUGCUUACAAUAAAUAGUCUCCAGCUGCAUCCACAUUGCUACAGGGGACAUGAUUUUGUUCUUUUUUGUAGGCUGCAUCAUAUUCCAUGGUGUAUAGGUACCACAUUUUCUUUAUCCAGUCUACCAUUCAUGGGCAUUUGGGUUGAUUCUAUCUUUGCUAUUAUGGAUGGCUUUUGCCUAUAUUAUUGGAAAGGCCUUCUAACGGGUGUCCCUGCUUACACCUUUUUCCCCCUUAAAUGUGUUUUCAGCAUGGUAGCCAGAGUAACCCUUUUUAUAACGAUAAAUCAUGUAACUUUUUUGUUCAGAAACUUCCAGGGCUUACCAUUUCAUUCAGUAAAAGCUCAAGCUCCUGUAUAGUCAGACCAUAUCCUUCAUCACCUGUUACUUUUCUCCUCUCACUCUUCGGCCUUUUUGUUUUUCCUCAAACUGAUGAAGCCUUCAUGGCUGAUGUCAGAUAUUUUGCCCAUUGAGAUCUUCCUUGUUGACUCAGUUGCACUUGGUCAUAUUAUUUUCAUUUAUUUGGGGUAUCUAAUCAUAAUCUGAAAGUUGGCUGCUUAUUUUUCGCCCUUUGAGGGUCCUUGCCCUGUUUUUGUAUCCCUGAUAGCCGGACAGUAUCUGGAACUUACAGGUGUUCAGUAAAGUUUUGUUGAAUGAAUAUUCUGGAAUCACCCAACCUUUUUUUUCCCUCCACUUAUUUUUCUUCUCCCUUUCACAGCCUGAAAGAUGUCCUAUGUAUAUGGUUCCACUUAUCACUCUCCUCUCAGUUUGUGAUAUACUGUUCCAUUAUAUUACUAUUAUUAAUACCAAUUCCAAUGAACUUGCUCUUGCUGACUUCACCACUGGACCUACAUGUUGGCCAAAUGGAUACUUUAUAAUUUUAGUCUUGAUGGACCCCUGCCUUUGGCACAUUUCUUACCUCUAGCACAGCACUGUCCAGUAAUCCACACUUUCUGAGACAGUGGAAAUGUUCAGUAUCUGUGCUGUUCAGUUGGUAGCAACCAGCUACAUGUGCCUAUUAAACAUUUGAAAUGUGGCUGUGUGACUAGUGGCAAUUGUGUUGGAGAGUACAGUUUUAGAAACUGCUGUUUUUCUUACAUGGCACUAAAUUUAGUAUUACAAUCUAAUUGUGCAAGCCAGAUAGGUAGGAGUCAUCUUUAUUCCUGUUAUUUAAUUUUUCUCAUCUACUAUAUCCAGUUCAUCACAUCAAGAGCCUGUUGUUUCUACCUCCUAAAUAUUUCUUUAGUCUAACUACUACUUGUCCCUAGUGCCACCACCAUCUGUCAGCUGGAAGAUUGCUAUAGCUGCCUUACAGGUUUCCCUUCUUUCCUGUUCCCUUCUAGUUUUUUGAAUUAUAGUCAGCACGAGCUUUUAAAAACUCAAAUAAGAUUGUGUUAUUCACCUGCUUAAAACCUUUCAUGACUUUCAGUGUCACGUAGAAUAGAAAACACUUUUCUUACCAAAGGCUGGAGAGCUCUACGUGAUCUGGCUAUUUUUAACGUUUCAUUGCACUCACCUUUUUCCUCUAUAAUCAAACUACUCUGAUCUCAAGGGUUAGUUCUUGAAAGAUGAUCAUGUUCUUUAAUGACUUUAGGUUUUUGUGUGUUAUUUUCUAUUUCUGGGAUGUUUCUUCUCUGUUCCUUACAUGCUGGCCCUUUUGCAUCCUUCUUCAGGUCUCAGCUUACAUGUUAUCUUCAAGAAGCCUUUGACCACUCUAAGUGGGACCUUCCUUCCACUUCUGCUGUGUAAUCCCACUCCCUUCUCCCACUUGUUAAUUAGUUACAUACUUUUUUGUAAUUGUUUAUUUGGUUGCUGUCUCCCUCUCAAGAAUGCAGGGACCAUGUCUGCAUUCUGCAGUAAUCACUACUGCACACCCAGAAUCUAUUACAGAUCCCGGCAUGUAGCUGAUGCAUAAAUAUUUGUUGAAUGAAAGGCUGUACAUUGUAUUUAUGCUAUUGGUAUUGCUAUGACCUGAAACUAAAAGGAGUUGUGGGAAAGAUUUCUUAUGGAACAAAAAUAUCCCUUUUGAUUAAUACCACAGUCUAGUAAAUUGAGAAAACAAAAAAAAUAUAUACCAGUGGAGCAUUCAUAUAUAGUUUGAGAUUAUGAGUCAUUUGUUGGUGUGUUUUUGGACUCACAGUGGAACAAAGAUGAGGGAAUAUUCCUUAAAGCUCUGUAUUGAAAUAACGAAAAGCAGUCACAUUUUAAUAAUAGAAGCUUCCUAGCUUACUCUUUCUGUAAUCUUCUUUUCCUAAAUGUAAGAGAGCCUCAUAAUUAUGAGGCUUAUUACUGGAGUAAGGCUGUCAAAGGCAGCAAAAUGCCUUUCUGUUUGGAAGAAUAACGUAAACUUGACAUGUAUGGUGGGGGACAGAAGGUUUCAGAAGUUUAAGAAUCUGUGUUGUCUUAACGAAUAGAUGCUUCUCAAGGAGCUUAUGCUAGUGGUUACUCUGUCCAGUCAGAGUUUUUUCUUCUUUAACUUGGGUUCAUUUCCUGAUGGCACACAUGAAGUUUGGAUCAUAUGGUUUGACUUUAGCUAUAAUCCUUAGCUAUGGGGAGCAGCAUCAGCAACCUGUGACACAUAAAUUAAAAAUACAAUGCCAGGGCCCUUCCCCAGCCCUUCUGAUAGAGAACCUCUUGGUCAUCUGUAUUUUUAGAUGUUCCAGGUUAGUCUGAUUAACACCCUUGGUUAAGAACCAUUGGGAGGAUCUGGUUGCCAGUUUAAGGGGACCUUCAAGCCUGUAGGUCUUCAUAGUUUAAAAAAAAAAAAAGAUUUUAAAAAUCAUGCGUAUGUUGUGGCUGAAUUCUGGUUUAGCACAUACUGCUUUUAAUGGCCUGAAAUGUUUUUCCCAAAUAAAUUGUCUUGUUAUAGCUUUCAUGUGUGAUUUGGUCCAGCUUCUUGUUUUGAAGAUACUUACGGGGGGAAAAAAAAAAAAACUUCUUAGUAACAUAUUAACCCACUUAAAAACCCUUUCUAUUACAGGUCUUCACAUUUAGGCUUAAUGUGCUUAAUUCAAAUGUAAAAAUACACCUGCCUUUGUUCUCAGUGAAAGUAUGUAAUAAAUAAAUGAGGGGUUGGCAAACUACUGCCCACCAUCUGUUUUUUUUAAUGGCCUAUGAACUAAGAAUCGUUUUUAGAUAGCUUAAAAAAAAAAAAAUCAAAAGGAUAACAUUUUGUGACGUGAAAAUUAUUUGAAAUUCAAAUUUCCAUUUCUGUGAAUGAAGUUUUAAUGGAACACAGCCAUCCAUGCUCAUAAGUGUGCAUAUUCUCUGGCUGCUUUCACUGCAAUAGCAGAGUUGAGUAGUUGUGACAAAGAGUUUAUGGCCCACAAAACCUAAAAUAUUUACUUUCUGAUGCUUUACAGAAAAGGUUUCCUGAACCUUAUUCUAGCUAUACACGUUCAUAAAUGAAUCUUUCGUGGUUCUGAAGGCAUUUAAGAAUCUCUUGGGUUAUAAAUUGGCCCGGCGCGGUGGCUUACACCUGUAAUCCCAGCACUUUGGGAAGCCGAGGCUGGUGGAUCACGAGGGCAGGAGUUCAAGAUCAGCCUAGCCAAGAUGGUGAAACCCUGUCUCCAUUAAAAAAACAAAAAAAGUUAGCUGGGCUUGGUGGUGGGCAGUAAUCCCAGCUACUCGGGAGGCUGAGGCAGAGAAUUGCUUAAACCCGGGAGGCGGAGGAUGCAGUGAGCCAAGAUCGCACGCCACUGCACUCCAGCCUGGGUGACAGAGUGAAACUCCAUCUCAAAAAAAAAAAAAAAAUCUCUUAGGUUAUAAAUAAUUGUUGUUAGCUCUCCAAGCCUCCAUAUUACAUUUUGUUUGUUCUCCUGUUCACUUUUUGAGCAUUUUAUUUUUUAUUAGCACAUUCAGUUCAUCAGGUACUUAAGAGCUUAAUAUAUGCCGAAGCAUAUAUUAAGUGAGAAACUGUUUCUAAAUAUACUCUCUCAGCUCUCACAGAGUUCACUUCAUUGGGCUCUUUAAAAUUUCUUUUUUUAAAAGGUCAGCAUGCUGGUAUAGUGGGGAAGGGAAACUCUUACAACACGUCGAGUAGAGGAAGGUUAUCAUUAUGGGAUAUAAUUUGGAAGUCAUUGAGUACCUGCCAUUAAUUCUGCCUGUAGUCUGAACGUAGAGAUUAACAUCUAGAAACUUUUUUGAAAUAAAAUCUUCAAUUUCUUUGGCAUAUUUAGUACUGUCUAGCUAGGCAUAUAGUCAAAGUAUGGUGUAUAUUUCAAGUAUUAAAAGUUUUUUUGGGCUAUUGCAACUGUUGAAAGGAUAUAGUUCUUUACUAUUACGUGUGAUACCUUUAUAUAAAAUUGGCUAACCCCUGUCUUUCAUUUAUCUGCAACACUGACUGUUACCAGUUGUCUCUAACUUUGGUAUGGGGGUGGCAAAUAUGAUUAGAUUGAAAGGGUACAUGACUGAGCCACAAGCAGACCUGGAUUUGAAUUUUAACUGAACGGUUUAUUAGCUAUUCUUACAUUAAUACUGCUAAUCAGUUUUCUUGUGAUAUGAGGAAUGAUGUCUUCUUUAUGAGGUUGCUAGGAAGAUUCAGUGAGAUAACAUACUAGGCUCAGAACUGAAGUUGCUAGGAAUUUAAUUAUGCUACCUUGUUAAGUAUGUCAAAGGCAGAAUUCAGUGUUUAGCUGAUACCACAAGGCAGUAUCCUAAAAUUAUGCUGUAAAAGAUAUAAAGAUGCUGUAAGUGACUCAGAAACCUAGUGACUUUGUAAUGCAGUUGAUUCUUAGAAUACUGUCACUUUAACAGAAUAGGAGCUAGGAAUGAAGAAAUAGUUAUUAAAUUACUAAAAUAGAAAAUUUAUUGAUACAUGUAAAGUGACAUUUGCUUAAAUAUUGAAAAAUUUGCAGUACUAUUUCCUUGCUUUAGAAAACAUUGGUUACCACUUUUUUUAUUUGUAGCAGUUUGUUUUUGCCUUGAGGCAAGAUGGUUGACUGAGUAGUUGCCACAUUUCUUUUGUACAAAGUCCAUUUCAUAGGCCACCUAGCUUUUAUGCUUAGAAACAUUUCCUUAACGUUAUAUUUCAGUAUUUGGCUAACCUAUAUAGGGUUAAAUUAUAUAGGCUAACUUCUCGGACAAAUGUUUCUAAUAAUUUAUGUAUUUGGUUCUGCAAAUGUAUGCAAAAAUAUAUGUAAAAAGAUAUACAGAUGCCUUGCAUACUUGAUAUAUGUUAAAUUUUUUUUAAUGUAGACCUUUUUCAUUCUCUUUAAUGACUAUAUGGUAUUCCACCACCCCUCGCUCACCUGGACAACCACAGUAACCUCCUAAAUGGUGUUUCUAUUUUGCUAUUGCCCCUUAUUGUCUUUUUUCCCCUUUAUAGCUGUUGGAGUGAAUUUUAGAAAGCCUAAAUCAUACAUCACAUUGCUUCAUUGGCAUCCCAGUACACUUUGGAUUUUUACAUCCUUACUGAUCUGAUUCUCAUCUCUGUCUCUUCAUGGUUCUCUGCCUUCUAGUUACACUGGUGACCUUUCAAUACGUUUACCACUUUAAGCUCAUUCCUUCCUUUUCACUCUUUCUCUGCCUGGAGUGUUCUGCCCCAUCUUUGUGUGGCCAGCUGCUCCUCUGAUGAAAUGUCUUCCUCACAGGCCUUCGCUGACCACCCACUAGAGUAGCACACCUUCUACCUCAUAAACUUGUUUAUUAGUAUUUCUUACUCUAAAUUUUCUUUUUUUUUUUUAAAUUGCUUAAUUCCCUUACAGUAGAAUAUAAGCUUCACUGUAUGUAUGAUCUUGACUCUCUUACUCAUUGUUAUUGUAAUACUAAUAAAGGGUGUUUAAAAUUUCAGUGGGUGAAUAUAUAUUCCAUUUAAUGGAUAAAUAAUUUUUUAUUCAGUCUCCUGUUGAUGGACAUUUGAAUAAUUUCCAUCUUUUUCUCUAUGAAUGCCUCCUUGGCAUGCUUCUGACAGUAUUGCCACAGAAUACAUUUCUGUUAUAAAAAUUGAAUUUUUAAGUCAAAGGGUAAGUUACACUUAAAUUUAAUGGAUAGUGGCAGCUGACUAUCAAAAGUUUCUGCUAGUUUCACCAUAUCCUUAUUAGCAGUAGAUAUUAUCAAUCUUUUCAAUCUUUGCCAGUCUGAUAAGCAAAAAGUAAAUGGGUUUAAACAUCCUUUGUAUAUAUUCAUUGCUCACUUUAUGUUUUUCCUUUGAAAUGUUAUUUCUUGCUCUUUCCCUGCAGUAUGAUUCUUUCUUUUUUUUGACUUGUUCCCAGUUUUUUGUGUACUAUGGAUAUUAGCCUUUAAUUAUGUUACGCAUGUUCUAGCAUGUUAUUUUUUGAAUUACUUCAAAUGUGAUUUGUUGCUCAGAUUUUUAAAACUACAUACACAAAUUAUCUCAUGUUUCCCUUUUUGGUUUCAAUUUCAACUCAUGCUUAAUCAGUUCAUCGAUUGGGCAUGGUUUUAUUCUUAAUAUAUACCUGUAUUUUAUCUCAUUGUUUUAUUUUUUACAUGUAAAUAUUUGGUGAAUAUAGGUUUAAUUUUAAUGUAAAAUAAGGAUGAAAAAAUGAUAGUUGGAAUUACAAGCCCAUUUCUCCUAAUACUUUUAAUCAAGUAAUCCACUAAUUGAAAUAUUACCUUCUUCAUUUAUGAAAUUGCCACAUUAUAUCUGGGUGUUUUUCUGCCUACUACAGUCUCUUACCCAUUUCUUUCCUAAUAAUACAAUACUUGAAUUGCUGUGGUUGUUGAUUUAUAAUGCUAUCUUAAUGAUAACAUUAUAAAUGUGAUGGAACUGGUUCCUCCUUAUAGUUCUUCUGAAAUCAAGAACAACACAUAUCUUCCCAUUUACUCUCGUAUGUAUCUCAUUUUACUGUUAUGAAUGAAAUCUGUCCUAUUUGUGUAUAGGAAAAUAGUUUUUGUAUAUAAUUGUGAUAUGGCCAGUUUUAUUAAAAAUUUGGUUAAACUAAGAGUUGUUUUCUGUUCAGCCUUAUCAUACUAUAAAAUCCACAUAAAAUGGGUAUAAAAGUGUCUCAGGACACUGGGCUCAGAUGAUUCUCCCACCUCAGCCUCCCAAGUAGCUGGGACUACAGGGGCAUAUGUCACCACAUCCAGCCAAUUUUUAAAUAAGUUUUAAAAAUAGUAUUUUUAGUAGAGACAGGGUUUCACCAUGUUGCCCAGGCUGGUCUUGAACUCCUGGACUCAAGCAAUCCACCUGCCUUGGCCUCCCAAAGUGUUGGGAUUACAGGUGUGAGCCACCACACCUGGCCGAAUUGCAGCCAUAUUUAAUACUUUUUUCCAUCCUAUUCCCUUUGCUGCUCCCAGGCCUGCUGUAUUGAUAGCCCGCUAUUAAGAAGCUAGUGUAUAUUCUUUGCAUACUUUUACCUCAUAAACUAUAUGAAGCAUUGUUUUGUUUUUUAACUUAAUUGUUAUAAAAUUAUAUUUUGGAAAUUUAGUAUAUUCUGUGAAAAUUAUUUAGAAAAUGUGCCUGUGAGAUAAAGCCUAUUCAGGAUGUAUCUUAAAGGAGAUAGCUGUGCUUUAACAUAUCAGUCUUUUUGGCUGCUUAUGUUAAUAUAAGUUGGAGAAAAACAGUCGGCUUUUUGUGAUAAUUUGUUCUUGGAGAUGGAGUAAAAGAUUGUUAAAAACAUUGUCUUUUUUUUCCCCUGAAGUACCAGUACUAUUUAUUUUAGGAUUAUGUUACUGAUCAAAGAUGCUGUGUGGAGUUACUCAUUGGUGAGACUAACAAUAAAUCACACAUGCAAAGGAUGUUACCAUAAUCUAAUUAUUUUAAACAGUAAAAUUAUAUUCUAAGACAUCCAGUUGGCCUAUAUGUUCUAUAUCAGUGACUAUCAAGGGGCUUUUUAUGUAUACUGUAUACAUGUACUGCACAAAAAUAUAAAAGGAUGACAUCAAAAAUCUGGCAAGCCAAAAGGCUACAUUACAUGUAGCAAAUAAAUAAGCUUAUGAACUUAUUGGAAUUUAAAACCUUGUAGGAUGGGUGGGUGAUGGUAUGUAUGUUAGAUGUGUGGAAGUAUCUAUUAAAAGUUGUGUCAGAUAACAGCUGAUGCUGACAAACCCUUGGUAAGAUGGCAGCUUGUUCAAUAUGUUCUGUGAAAAUUAUCUCAGUUUAUGAUCUGUCAGUAUUUUGCAGCUAUGCAUGAAAGGACUUAAAAUUCUUACCCUUAAACUCAGUAACACUGUUUCUAGAACUUCUGGUGAUAUGGGAAAUUAAGAGAAUUAUUUAUAUGCAAAGGUGUUUGUUGCAGCAUUGUUGGAAUAAUAGACAAAAUGGGGAAGAACAAGCUCAGAAUGGAGGAGGUAGCUUAUAGUAUAGACAUACGAUACAAUCCAGAUGAUAAUAUUUUAUAAGAGUCUUCACAAGGAAUUUUAUAUUUUUAUUUUUUUAAAUACAUAGCAGUGAGUUUAAUAUCAUACCAAAUAUACCAAAAUGUCAUCAUUUACUGUGUGGUGGACUCAUAUGAUGGAGAUGAUAAAUAAAAAUAUUAAUUUAUUUGAGGCAUAUAUUACUUUAUGGCUGAGGAAGGAAGACAGUUAUGAAGAACAGCUCAUUCUGGAAACAUACUAAUUUUUCCCAGCCAUAAAGAGAUUUCCUAUUUCUUUUUUUUUUUUUUUUCCAUUUACCUUCUGUUUCCUACCUGAGAAGAUUUCAUACUUCUAAUAGCCAUUUGUGUACCUAUUUAAAGACAGUACCAAAGGCAUACAUUUUAGUGUUUGGAGGACCAAGGGUCGUUUGAUGUUUGAUGCUUAUUGACUAUUCUAGGAUGACAAGACACCUCGAGAACACACACACACACACACACACACACACACACACACACACACACGAAGAAAGCUGUGAAGGAAGAAAGCAGAAAAGAACCUGGAGUGAGUUGUAACUUAAAAUGUUAGUGUUGCGCGCGCACACACACACACACACACACACACACACACACACACACACACACACACACACACACACACGAAGAAAGCUGUGAAGGAAGAAAGCAGAAAAGAACCUGGAGUGAGUUGUAACUUAAAAUGUUAGUGUUGCAUGAAAUCAGUGUUAAAGCAGGAAGAUUUGAGGAAACUGCAUACAUUUUCUAGAUGGCAAAGUAUUACUGGUGACAGUUAAUGAAAAUGCAUAUGCAUGUGUUUUUAGAUUUACAAAUUUUACCAAGAACUUUUUAAAAAUCCCUGAAGGUAUUUCAAAAGUUUAUCAUGUUUAUGAAAUAGAGUAGCACUUUCUAACUUUAAAACGGGGAAUAAUUCUUUGGAUCUUGAUUAUUGGAAAAGUGAAUUAUGAAUUGCUAGUAUAAAACUGUGGUUUUAAAAUAUGUCUGCUUUAUAUUUUUAUGUAGCAGAUUUACUCCUAGUUAAUAAUACUCAAACUUCGUGAAAACUAAGGUAAUUAAGAUAAUUCUGUCCUGAUGGGAAGAGGAAAAAUAACUUUAGUGUGAAAUCUAUUAUAUAUUAGUUGUGGCAAGAUUUCUCCCAUUGACUUUGACCGGAAACAUUUAUAGGGUUAAAAUGGGAAAUAGCAUGGUGAAUUUUGAAGUAUCCUUUAUAAAUUAUGUAGUUGGAAAGAGUAUUAUGUUCAUAUUGCCAAAAAAAGAUGCAUGGAUGCAUUAGACUGGAUGGAAAAUACAUGAGAAGUUGGCUAGCCCCGUUUUUGUCAAAACAUCACUUGGUGGUGAUAAAGCUGUCAGAAAACACAGCAUUCUAAUGUAGUCUGUAGUUUAAUGAUAAUCUGUGUCUUGAAACAUUUAGCGUAGUACUUACACAAACCUAGAUGGCAUAGUGUACUGCAUGCCUAGCCUAUAUGGUAUAGCCUGUUGCUCCUAGGGUGUAAAGCUGUAUAGCAUGUUACUAUAGGCAGUUGAAACAGUGGUAUUUAUCCUUUUUUUUUUUUUUUUUUAAUUCUUUUAAGAGACAGGGUCUUGCUCUGUUGCCCAGGCUGGAUGCAUUGGUGUGAUCAUAGCUCACUAUAACCUUGAACUCCUAAGUGAUCCUCCUUGCCUCAGUCUCCCCAGUGGCUAGGACUACAGGCACAUACUACCACACCUGGCUAAUUUUUAAAAUUUUUUUGUAGAGAUGGAGUUUCGCUGUGUUGUCCAGGCUGGUCUUGGAACUCUUGUGCUGCAGCAAUCCACCCGUCUCCCGAAGUGUUAGAAUUACAAGCCACUUCGCCUGGCUUGUUUACUUAAACAGAAAAGAUCCAGUAAAAAUACAGAAUUAAAAUCUUGUGGGGCCACUGUAGCAUAUGUAGUCCAUCUUGACUGAAAUGUCAUUAUGUAGUGCAUGAUUCUACUUCAUAAUUUUUAAGCACUCUUCUCUCUUGAUUGGUACUUAGUGGAUUUUAUCAUUUUUGUUUCUUCAUAAUUCUUUCUGAAAUGUCUACUGGUUGGACCUUUGAUCUCCUGAAUUGAUCGUGAUUUCUUCUGUUGUAUUUUUUGUCUUUGUCAUUUUUUUGUACUCUAGGAAGUUCUCUCAAUUUUAGUUUCUAUUCAACUUUUUGUUUUUAUUUAUUCUCUCCAGUCUUUAUGGAGCUACUAAAUUGAAGUGUUCUGUUUCUCUCUCCACCCUACCCCUAGUUUUAAGUUUUAUCUCGGUUUCUAUGGAGUCAGUUUUUUUGUUGCUUUAAAAAAUUUUUCCUGAAGUGAUUGGUAAAUUUUGGCUAAUUGGGAGCACUAGAAUUGGGCCCUUAAUGGUUGGCAGGGUGUGGUGGAGGAGAGCCAGCCCUUAGUCUGAAGGCUCAGGCCAGAAAAAGAAAGGGGAAGGCUUUCCUUUUCCUUUCUGGAGCAGGGUUCUGCCCUAGUUCUUGCUUGGCAGUCUAUUUGAUUUCUUCAGCAGUUAAUGCUCAGUUUUUUGGCAUAUUUGGAUCUGCCUCCAGAGCAGGUACAAGGGUAUUUGAAGUAUACCAUACAACUGUUUUGAAAAUCCAGCGUGGACAAUGGCUACUCAAGCUGAUUUGAUGGAGUUGGACAUGGCCAUGGAACCAGACAGAAAAGCGGCUGUUAGUCACUGGCAGCAACAGUCUUACCUGGACUCUGGAAUCCAUUCUGGUGCCACUACCACAGCUCCUUCUCUGAGUGGUAAAGGCAAUCCUGAGGAAGAGGAUGUGGAUACCUCCCAAGUUCUGUAUGAGUGGGAGCAGGGAUUUUCUCAGUCCUUCACUCAAGAACAAGUAGCUGAUAUUGAUGGACAGUAUGCAAUGACUCGAGCUCAGAGGGUACGAGCUGCUAUGUUCCCCGAGACAUUAGAUGAGGGCAUGCAGAUCCCAUCUACACAGUUUGAUGCUGCUCAUCCCACUAAUGUCCAGCGUUUGGCUGAACCAUCACAGAUGCUGAAACAUGCAGUUGUAAACUUGAUUAACUAUCAAGAUGAUGCAGAACUUGCCACACGUGCAAUCCCUGAACUGACAAAACUGCUAAAUGACGAGGACCAGGUGGUGGUUAAUAAGGCUGCAGUUAUGGUCCAUCAGCUUUCUAAAAAGGAAGCUUCCAGACACGCUAUCAUGCGUUCUCCUCAGAUGGUGUCUGCUAUUGUACGUACCAUGCAGAAUACAAAUGAUGUAGAAACAGCUCGUUGUACCGCUGGGACCUUGCAUAACCUUUCCCAUCAUCGUGAGGGCUUACUGGCCAUCUUUAAGUCUGGAGGCAUUCCUGCCCUGGUGAAAAUGCUUGGUUCACCAGUGGAUUCUGUGUUGUUUUAUGCCAUUACAACUCUCCACAACCUUUUAUUACAUCAAGAAGGAGCUAAAAUGGCAGUGCGUUUAGCUGGUGGGCUGCAGAAAAUGGUUGCCUUGCUCAACAAAACAAAUGUUAAAUUCUUGGCUAUUACGACAGACUGCCUUCAAAUUUUAGCUUAUGGCAACCAAGAAAGCAAGCUCAUCAUACUGGCUAGUGGUGGACCCCAAGCUUUAGUAAAUAUAAUGAGGACCUAUACUUAUGAAAAACUACUGUGGACCACAAGCAGAGUGCUGAAGGUGCUAUCUGUCUGCUCUAGUAAUAAGCCGGCUAUUGUAGAAGCUGGUGGAAUGCAAGCUUUAGGACUUCACCUGACAGAUCCAAGUCAACGUCUUGUUCAGAACUGUCUUUGGACUCUCAGGAAUCUUUCAGAUGCUGCAACUAAACAGGAAGGGAUGGAAGGUCUCCUUGGGACUCUUGUUCAGCUUCUGGGUUCAGAUGAUAUAAAUGUGGUCACCUGUGCAGCUGGAAUUCUUUCUAACCUCACUUGCAAUAAUUAUAAGAACAAGAUGAUGGUCUGCCAAGUGGGUGGUAUAGAGGCUCUUGUGCGUACUGUCCUUCGGGCUGGUGACAGGGAAGACAUCACUGAGCCUGCCAUCUGUGCUCUUCGUCAUCUGACCAGCCGACACCAAGAAGCAGAGAUGGCCCAGAAUGCAGUUCGCCUUCACUAUGGACUACCAGUUGUGGUUAAGCUCUUACACCCACCAUCCCACUGGCCUCUGAUAAAGGCUACCGUUGGAUUGAUUAGAAAUCUUGCCCUUUGUCCUGCAAAUCAUGCACCUUUGCGUGAGCAGGGUGCCAUUCCACGACUAGUUCAGUUGCUUGUUCGUGCACAUCAGGAUACCCAGCGCCGUACGUCCAUGGGUGGGACACAGCAGCAAUUUGUGGAGGGGGUCCGCAUGGAAGAAAUAGUUGAAGGUUGUACCGGAGCCCUUCACAUUCUAGCUCGGGAUGUUCACAACCGAAUUGUUAUCAGAGGACUAAAUACCAUUCCAUUGUUUGUGCAGCUGCUUUAUUCUCCCAUUGAAAACAUCCAAAGAGUAGCUGCAGGGGUCCUCUGUGAACUUGCUCAGGACAAGGAAGCUGCAGAAGCUAUUGAAGCUGAGGGAGCCACAGCUCCUCUGACAGAGUUACUUCACUCUAGGAAUGAAGGUGUGGCGACAUAUGCAGCUGCUGUUUUGUUCCGAAUGUCUGAGGACAAGCCACAAGAUUACAAGAAACGGCUUUCAGUUGAGCUGACCAGCUCUCUCUUCAGAACAGAGCCCAUGGCUUGGAAUGAGACUGCUGAUCUUGGACUUGAUAUUGGUGCCCAGGGAGAACCCCUUGGAUAUCGCCAGGAUGAUCCUAGCUAUCGUUCUUUUCACUCUGGUGGAUAUGGCCAGGAUGCCUUGGGUAUGGACCCCAUGAUGGAACAUGAGAUGGGUGGCCACCACCCUGGUGCUGACUAUCCAGUUGAUGGGCUGCCAGAUCUGGGGCAUGCCCAGGACCUCAUGGAUGGGCUGCCUCCAGGUGACAGCAAUCAGCUGGCCUGGUUUGAUACUGACCUGUAAAUCAUCCUUUAGGUAAGAAGUUUUAAAAAGCCAGUUUGGGUAAAAUACUUUUACUCUGCCUACAGAACUUCAGAAAGACUUGGUUGGUAGGGUGGGAGUGGUUUAGGCUAUUUGUAAAUCUGCCACAAAAACAGGUAUAUACUUUGAAAGGAGAUGUCUUGGAACAUUGGAAUGUUCUCAGAUUUCUGGUUGUUAUGUGAUCAUGUGUGGAAGUUAUUAACUUUAAUGUUUUUUGCCACAGCUUUUGCAACUUAAUACUCAAAUGAGUAACAUUUGCUGUUUUAAACAUUAAUAGCAGCCUUUCUCUCUUUAUACAGCUGUAUUGUCUGAACUUGCAUUGUGAUUGGCCUGUAGAGUUGCUGAGAGGGCUCGAGGGGUGGGCUGGUAUCUCAGAAAGUGCCUGACACACUAACCAAGCUGAGUUUCCUAUGGGAACAAUUGAAGUAAACUUUUUGUUCUGGUCCUUUUUGGUCGAGGAGUAACAAUACAAAUGGAUUUUGGGAGUGACUCAAGAAGUGAAGAAUGCACAAGAAUGGAUCACAAGAUGGAAUUUAUCAAACCCUAGCCUUGCUUGUUAAAUUUUUUUUUUUUUUUUUAAAGAAUAUCUGUAAUGGUACUGACUUUGCUUGCUUUGAAGUAGCUCUUUAAUUUUUUUUUUUUUUUUUUGCAGUAACUUAGUUUUUUAAGUCUCUCGUAGUGUUAAGUUAUAGUGAAUACUGCUACAGCAAUUUCUAAUUUUUAAGAAUUGAGUAAUGGUGUAGAACACUAAUUCAUAAUCACUCUAAUUGUAAUCUGAAUAAAGUGUAACAUUGUGUAGCCUUUUUGUAUAAAAUAGACAAAUAGAAAAUGGUCCAAUUAGUUUCCUUUUUAAUAUGCUUAAAAUAAGCAGGUGGAUCUAUUUCAUGUUUUUGAUCAAAAACUAUUUGGGAUAUGUAUGGGUAGGGUAAAUCAGUAAGAGGUGUUAUUUGGAACCUUGUUUUGGACAGUUUACCAGUUGCCUUUUAUCCCAAAGUUGUUGUAACCUGCUGUGAUACGAUGCUUCAAGAGAAAAUGCGGUUAUAAAAAAUGGUUCAGAAUUAAACUUUUAAUUCAUUC